GCGCGCGUUCUACAGCUACCCCGUCAUCAGCACUGCACGCUAGGAAUCGUGAACGCGCUCAGGAGAAGCUCAGUGGCGCGCACAUGCGUUCCUUCAGCUAGCUGUUUUAGGAGUGUGAUAAACUCGCACAUAUCACAAAAUGGCGGAUUCCGAUUCUUGGGACGCGGACAACUUCGAGGCGGAUGAACCGAUAAAAAGGCCGACCGGGCUGCAGGACCGAUGGGAGGGAGAAGACGAGGAAGACGACGUCAAGGAUAACUGGGAUGAUGACGAGGAGGAAGAAAAGAAGAAGGAGGAGGAGGAGGUGGAGAAAAAAACAGAGGUGAAAGUUCCAGCAAAGAAAAAACUGGUUGCUAAAAUCAAAGAGAAAGAAAAUGAGGAGCUAAAGAAAAGGUUAGAAGAGUCCCAGGCUGCUCCUGAGCUCACCCCUGAAGAACAGGCAGCUGAGAAGCUGCGCGUACAGAAGCUGCAGGAGGAGUCGGACUUGGCGCUCGCACGUGAAGCGUUCGGUAUUGACACGACUACUACGAAUAGUGCCUCGGGAAUCGAAGCCAUGUGUCCGUCGACUAAGGAAGACUUUUUAGUUUUUGAGAAAGCCCUGAAAGACAAGAUCACACAGUUUGAGAAGUCGGUGCAUUAUUCUAGCUUUUUGGAGUCACUGUUUCGGGAGCUCUGUAUUUCACUGGAAGUAGAGGACUUAAAGAAAAUCAACAAUUCCCUGUCAGUUCUUCAAACUGAAAAGCAAAAGCAGGAAAAGGAAAAAGCCAAAGGCGCUAAGAAGAAAAAGAAAACCGUCCUCGCCGGCGGCGGUUUGAAAGCGAAAAAGAAAGACGACUUCGACGAUUACGGCGAAUUCGGCGGCGGCUACAACGAUUACGAGGACUUCAUGUGACGAAGGCUGAAACACACACCCCCCUCACCUACCCCACUCAAGACAUACAGCAUCCCCUCGUCUCUCAUUUUCUUUCACCAGUGCCAUCCUGGAGUAAACUGAACACUGUGUCAACCUUUUGACUUUUUUAUUUUUUAUUUUUUUUUCCCCCCCCGCUUCAGUGGUCAAAACAACUCUUAGUGAAGCUGCUAUUACCAACGUUGCCAUUUGGUGACAAAAGGAAGAUCUAACUAAAUUGCCUUGUAUUUACAACUCUGCCUCUGACAAAGACUUUAGGAUGCGAGACAUCUUUGCACAAGUGUCUUCUCCAGUUGGCCAACACAAGAAACUAAUAAUAAUCAUAAUGCCUUAUACGAAAUAUUACAGAAAACCUGUUUAUUUUGGUUGAAAUACUGAAAUAGCUGAUGCUGUUAACCUCUGUGCAAUUGUAUUCACAUAAACAAACGAUAUUCUAUGCAAAA